AAUAAUAACCCAACCGCGCCGACCCAACCCUUGUGGGUUGUUACGGUACUUGCCCUCACUCUAUGAUAGCCAAUAGAUGCUUAGUAUUCCCCUAAGGUGCCGGGUCCCUGCUGUGGCUUUUGAGGAAGUAUUUGAAGCUUCUUAACGCCCAUCUUUCCUCUUUUCCCCAGCAAACUGUUCGAAGGACCUUUCCACGAAGACAGUUCACUAAUUGAGGAUGCGUACGGCCAUUAUUUUCUCCGCUUUAGCCUCCAUCGCUUUCGCUGCUAUUCCCUUCUUGAAUGAGCCUGAUACUGGAUUCAAUGCCGACGUUUCCCCCACCGGGCAACUCCCUGCCUUGGACAGUAUCAAGGGGAUUCCUGAUUUCGAAGCGGUCGCUCGCCGCCAUAUGAAUGUCUCGGAUUAUUGUGAGUUGGAGAAUCCGUAAAUUGUAUAUCAUUGGAUACUGACAAUUGUGGACUUCAGCUUACUACAGGACUGGUGCUGCGGGGGAAUUUGGUGUGUAUUUUUUUUUUGCAGCCAGCUAUUUGGACUCGCAAACGCGUACGAUACUAACGGUUUCAAGCGUACCGUCGCUCGCUGGAAAUCUUCGACCAAGUAAAACUUCGUCCCCGGACUCUUGUUGAUGUUACCAAUAUUUCGCUCAAGUAAAACCGUGCUCUGUUCUUUGUGUUGUCUGCCGAUGCUGAUAAUUCGAUAGCACGACCAUCUUUGGCCACGAAUUUAGUGCGCCAUUCUUUAUCGCUCCCGCAGCUCGCGCAGGACUCACCCACCCUCGUGCUGAGCUCAAUCUGGCCGAAGCAGCUGGUGCGGGGAAUAUUCUCUAUGCGGUAUCCCUCGCCUUCCCAGGAGCCCCGAGUAAUCCAAGUCCCGAAAUGUUACGACUAACGAUUCAGCAAUGCAGCCUAGCUUAGGCUCAACCAAGAGAAUUGAAGAAAUUGCCGCUGUUGCGGCCCCCGGCCAAGUCAUGUUCCACCAAGUGAGUUACACUCAACCAGUUUAGGAGGGGUAUUGUGGAUCACGCGCUGGAUCAAGCGCUAAUAAUUGCCUUAGCUCUAUGUCUCCCGCAACAAGACCAAGUUUGCGAGUGAUGUUAAACGCAUCGAAGCAGCUGGUUUCAAGGGAAUCUUUGUUACAGUCGACAACCCAAUUCAUGGUGCGCGCACACGUGAAAGCCGAUAUGGAUGGCCUUCGACCACGUAUGUAAUAUCAUCCAUGGGCAGUUGAGGUGGGCGACACUGACAUGGGUAGUGACUCUGACCCUAAAUUCACCUGGGAGUCGUACCAGGAGUUGAGAAAUAUGACCUCAUUGCCCGUUAUUCCGAAGGGAAUCCAAUCUGUUGAGGAUGCGCUACUUGCCGUUAAGUGUGGCGCACCGGGAAUCUACCUCUCCAACCAUGGCGCACGCCAACUCGAUACCUCGCAAUCUCCACUUGAAAUCGCCAUCGAGAUCUACGAGAACGCCCCCGAGGUCUUCAAAGAGACCUUUGUCUUCGCCGACGGUGGUGUCAGGUAUGGAACGGACGUCUUGAAGCUCCUGGCUCUCGGUGUGAAGGCUGUUGGCCUCGGAAGACCCUUCAUGUACUCCAACUUGUUUGGCAGGCAGGGUGUCGAGCACUUGAUAGAUAUUCUGAAGGAGGAGAUCGCCCUCGAUGCUGCCAAUUUGGGGGUCGCAGAGUUGAAGCAGUUGGAUACUAGAUGGGUAAGAUUAUCAUUUCUCAAUUUUUAUUAUGCCUUCACGGAUUUUGAUGCUGAUCGGGAUCGACUGCCUAGCUGAACUUUGGCCGGUUGAGCGCCUACGUCUACAAACUCGACAGAUCGUGAUGGAAUUAGAUGGUGAAGGUAUACCCUGUAACAUAGUACAUCAGAAAUUCAUGUAAUAAUUUUCUCG